AUGGAUGAUAUAUUCGAACUAAUUGAUUUUGCUCAGUUUGCUGAUGAAGAUAAUGCACCUAAAAGGUACAUCAGGGAUCAAGAAAACCCUAUUGUAAAUGGUGACUUAAGAGGAAUUACCCAAGGAACUGUAUCAAGAAUAAUUAAAAAUAUAUGUAAAAUGUUGGCAAGUAAUGUAAAAAAUCAUGUACAUUUCCAUAGAACUGCAGAUGAAUGGAAUAUUAUAAAAGAAAAAUUUUACCAAAUGUACAAGAUGCCGGAAAUUGGUGGAUGCAUAGAUUGUACGCACAUAAAAAUACAAAAUCCUGGAGGUCCUGAUUCAGAAGUGUUCAGAAACAGAAAAGGAUAUUUUUCUUUAAAUGCUGUUUGUGGACCAUCGAUGGAAUUUUUAGAUAUAGUUGUAAGAUGGCCAGGAAGCUAUCAUGAUAGCUUUAUAUUUAGUGGAAGCCAUGCAAACAAAUACUUUUCUGAAAGUAUUGACCAUGUGUUAUUGCUUGGAGAUGGAGGUUAUGCAUGUAAACCUUAUUUGUUUACACCUUUAAGAAUCCCUGUAACACCAUCAGAGCGAAAGUAUAAUAAAUGUCAGAUUAGAACAAGAAAUAUAAUAGAACGGACAUUUGGAAUAUGGAAAAGAAAAUUUCCUUGUUUGAGAUGUCUUGCUAAUGCACCUGGUACAACUGUAAAUAUUAUUCUUUCUUGUGCAUUACUUCACAACAUCUCUCGAAAAUAUAAUCAAUAUACUACAGACAGUGAUGAAGAAGAGGAAGACUUAGAAGAGGAAGAUGGAGAAGUUGCUGGAGAAAUUGACCACAGUAUACUAGGACCUGCAGCAAGACAAGCUUAUAUCAUAAGGCAUUUCAGUUAA